AUGGUCGGAAGGAAUCGUUCCGACUCGGAAUCCAGCUCGUCGUCGAGCUCCAGCGGCUCGUCGGUCGAAGCUCGCACUACCCAGGUCUCGACGAGCAAGCUGCCUGCGUCGCGCAACCUCUCCAACAUCGCAUACCGACCACCACGCGGGUUCGAGCCCGUCUCAUUCUCGUCCUCGUCGCCCUUUCUUCACAGCAAGCUGGCGGCGGCCGACAAGCAGCAGCAGCUAUGGACUGUGCGCAUCCCGGGGGGACUCUCGCCUGCGGAACUGGAUGGGCUCGUGAUUGACCUGCCACGAGACUCGAAAGACGCGAGCAAGCCGCUUGCAUCGAUCCAGGUGGCGACCGCUUCGCCAGCUGUGGUGGAUACGUACAACCUGUACGCGUCUGCGUCUGCGGCAGCCAAGGGCAAGGCGAAGAGCACGGCGUCGAGUGCCGACUCGCAGCUGAUCGUCAUGGCAUCGGACAAGGCGGUGGACCAGGCGGUGGAGGCAGGUGCAGCCGUCGGACAGGGUGCAGCCACGGAGCUCGAGAGUCUGAGGCUGCUUGUGCCCGCAGGCGACGGUGGCGAGGACGGAAAGAUGGUCGUGGCGCCAGUCAAGGUGACCCGGUGUCUGCAUCUCUCCAUCGCCUCGCCCGCCGAGACCACCCAGGCGCAGAAACCCAUGCAGUCGGCAAACACGUUCGAACAGGAUAAGCUGCCGCAACAACCGUGGCAUCUGCUCAAGGGCAACUUCAAACCUGCGGGAAGCCGUGGCCCGACACAAACCUCAGCAGCCGUCGAGGAGGACAAGCGGGACAAGAAGCGCAAGGUCAAGAGCGAAGCCGGCGCCGACACCGACGGAAAGAAGUCCAAGAAGUCCAAGAAGUAG